AUGCUAAAAGCCAAGGCUCAUUGUCGUUGUAGGAUUUAUACCUGCCUAUACUGCGUCUACCCCGAGCCAGACCCAGCAGUGACGGAGCGGGGUGACGACCAAUACAUCGACGCCGCGACCUCGGCGCAGCCCAUGGACCUCAUCGCCAUGUUGCGCCUUGAGUCGCCUGGCUUCGCUAAUAGGAUGGACGCCAUUGGCGUGCUGCGCUGGACGGUGACGACUCUCCGAGCGAAUAUCGAGUCGUACCCAGAACAUCGGCCGGAUUUUCUCCGACGGCUUUUCUCACGAAUCAUAUGUCCAAAGGGAGGUGGGAAGCAACUUAUGCGGUCUUCCCUAAAGCGAUGGAACACGUUCAGGUUAUCGAGGUCAAGAUCCACUGCGCAAAGACUAAGCGCUACCAUGCCCCAACUAUAUCUGCAACCCCGAGACAGUACCUUUGGCACACGCACAAAGUUGUAUUAUACCGUUGGCGACAACCCACCGCGGACAUCAGAGCACUCGAGGACCAAACGAAAGCCCCCACGCCGCCUGCGACACCUUGUCAAACUCCACCUUGAUACCUUCACGCUGAUGCCAACAGCCAGGCCUGGAACCAAAAGACAAUAUCACACGCCCCAGCGGCUUCGAAGAUACCUAUCUAUACUGCCUCUGCUCAGUGACUAG